UAUUUACGACUUUAAUCUUAUCACUUAUUAUUAUUAGUAUAUAUAAAAGCCAAGGCAAACAAUUUGCAUCACCAGCGUGUGGACAGUCAAAAUGAGAGCAGUAGCUGCAUUAGCUCUUUGCAUCGCGGUGGUGGCAGCUCUGCCAUCGGACCCCCAAAGAAUAGUUGGUGGGUCGGUAACUACUAUUAGCCAAUACCCAACGAUGGCUGCUUGUCUGUUCUCAAAUAAUUUUGUCAACUACUUCCAGUCUUGUGGUGGUACUAUCCUCAACAAUAGGUCUAUCCUAACUGCUGCUCACUGCACCAUUGGUCAUACCGCUAACAGAUGGCGCUUCCGUGUAGGCUCGACCUUUGCUAAUAGCGGAGGUGUUGUCCACAAUGUUCAACAAAUCAUCAACCACCCCAACUAUAACCAGGCCAAAUUUUUUGAUUUGGACUUCGCUAUCUUGCGUUCCGCCACUGCUAUCUCAUUCAACAACAAUGUGAGGGCAGUCUCCAUUGCCGGCGCUAAUUACAAUUUGGGCGAUAACCAGGUUGUCUGGGCUGCUGGAUGGGGUCUGACUUCUGAGGGUGGUUCUCCGUCCGAGCAACUGCGCCACGUCCAGAUCUUUUCCGUCAAUCAAGCGACCUGCAGAAACCGUUAUGGAACUGUUGGCAUAACUAUCACUGACAACAUGUUGUGCUCUGGUGUUCUUGACGUUGGUGGUCGCGACCAGUGCACUCAAGACUCCGGUGGUCCUCUCUAUCAUAAUGGCAUCCAGGUCGGUGUCUGCUCGUUUGGUACUGGAUGCGCCAGGCCACGGUUCCCUGGUGUUAACGCUCGCGUUUCACGUGCAUCUGCUUGGAUUGCCAGCAACGCGUAAGAAUGGAUGAAACUUUGUGUUAUGCUGUACAUUGAACUUGUAAAAUAUGUAUUAAAACUAAUAUUAAUAUAAGUAUGUAAAAAUAAACCUAACAUAAUAAAUGGUAGAAAUAUUUA